GUUCAUCCGGAAUUGUACGUUGACAAAUCAAGGGGAGAUAAACUGAAGAUCAAUCUAGAUGUUGUUUUUCCACAUAUGCCCUGUGCUUAUUUGAGUAUUGAUGCCAUGGACGUAGCAGGAGAACAGCAGCUGGAUGUAGAGCACAAUCUGUUCAAGCAACGCUUGGAUAAAGCUGGCAAUCGUGUGACUCCAGAGGCCGAGAGACAUGAGCUAGGGAGAGAAGAAGAAAAAGUGUUUGAUCCAAAUUCUCUGGAUGCCGAUCGCUGUGAGAGCUGUUAUGGGGCAGAAUCAGAGGACAUUCGGUGUUGUAACACUUGUGACGAUGUCAGAGAAGCAUACAGGCGGCGAGGCUGGGCCUUCAAGAACCCGGAUAGCAUAGAGCAGUGCAAGAGGGAAGGGUUUAGCCAGAAAAUGCAAGAGCAGAAGAACGAGGGCUGCCAAGUGUAUGGUUUCCUAGAGGUCAACAAGGUAGCUGGAAAUUUCCACUUUGCACCAGGAAAAAGUUUCCAACAGUCUCAUGUACAUGUUCACGAUCUGCAGAGCUUUGGACUUGAUAACAUAAAUAUGACGCACUAUAUCAAACAUCUCUCAUUUGGAAGGGAUUAUCCAGGCAUUGUGAAUCCUCUGGAUGGGACGGACGUCACUGCACAGCAAGCUUCCAUGAUGUUUCAGUAUUUUGUCAAAGUGGUCCCCACGGUGUAUAUGAAAGUAGAUGGUGAAAUAGUAAGGACUAACCAGUUCUCAGUUACACGACAUGAGAAGAUAGCCAAUGGGCUACUAGGAGACCAGGGUCUGCCUGGUGUAUUUGUGUUAUACGAACUUUCGCCCAUGAUGGUGAAGCUGACAGAGAAACACAGGUCCUUUACACACUUUCUCACAGGAGUUUGUGCCAUCGUUGGAGGCAUAUUUACAGUUGCAGGAUUCAUUGACUCCUUGAUCUAUCACUCAGCACGUGCCAUCCAGAAGAAAAUUGAACUUGGGAAGACAACAUAA